AUGAAAUUGAUCCUACUGCCUCUGCUGUUCGCCAAUGCGGCACUUGCUGCCCUGUCGGGGUUGGGUAGAAAGCCGCAGCUAGGAUGGAACUCUUGGAACAGUUUCAAGUUGAAUGUCAGCGAUGAGCUUAUCCGCGCCACGGCGGAUGCCAUUGUUGACAAGGGCCUUGCCCAACUUGGGUACGAGUACGUCGUGAUCGACGAUGGCUGGCAGGAUCACAAGCGGGACACAAACGGCGCCCUACGUCCUAACACCACGAGAUUCCCUCACGGAAUCGCCGCUACGGCCGACUACGUGCAUGGCAAGGGUCUCAAGAUUGGCAUCUACAGUGACGCAGGCACCUACACUUGUGGUUUCUAUCCCGGAAGCCACGGGUACGAGGAAUUGGACGCGCAGACAUUUGCGACCUGGGGAAUCGACUACCUCAAGUACGAUAACUGCGGUGGAUUCCAAAGCAAUACCCUCUCAGUGCAGGAGCGCUUUCUGAAGAUGUCCUACGCCCUCGCCCAAUCCGGACGUCAGAUCUUUUACUCCCUGUGCCAAUGGGGCAACCAAUUCCCUUGGCUUUGGGCUGAUCAAAUUGGAGAGUCGUACCGCAUGUCUGGCGACAUUCACAAGUAUUUCUCCAAAGAUGGUGCCAGAGGCUGCGCUACGGCUUAUUGCAUGAACCAGGGAUACGCCGGGGUCAGUGUUCUGACAAUGAUUCGCAAGAUGAGGGAAAUCAGUCCCUUUUCAAAGCCGGGAUCAUGGGCUGACAUGGAUAUGUUGGAGCUCGGUACGUGGACAAUGACGGAGCUUGAGGAGCAGACACAUUACUCGUUUUGGGCUGCCCUCAAAUCGCCACUCAUCAUAGGAGCCGAUCUCAACAACAUCAGUGACACGUCUCUCGCCAUUCUAAAGAACAAGGAAAUCAUUGCCUUGAACCAGGAUGACGGCGGCACGCCCGUAUCCUACCUACCCGCUCUAUCUGUUGAGGGCAAGACUCAAGUCUGGGCAGGGCCUCUGAAGAGCGGUCGGAAGCAGCAUGUGAUUCUGGCAUUGAAUUACGGCUCCGGGGAUGCUGAUAUCACUGUACCUAUCUCCGAGGUCCCAGGUUUGAGUGACAUCUCCAACAGACAUGCUCUCAACGUGAGGGACGUGUGGAGCAGAAAAGAUAUCGGGAAGCUAGGCGACAAGAUCACGCUCAGUGGUGUGAAACCGGCUCAAACCAAGGUCAUUGUUGUUUCUCGAUAG